AUGGAUGCCAAUUGUGCAAAGAAGUAUCAGGUUAUUCCAAAUCAUUCUGCCUGUCUACAGAGAUCUCCAAUGGCUACACAAUCAGGUGUAUCAGAGGAAAACAAGAGAAAGAUUGUCGAUAAACAUAAUGAAUUCAGAGCGGCCGUGCAACCAGCAGCAGUCGCCAUGGCUAAAUUGUACUGGGACGAUGAGCUAGCGAUGGUCGCCCAGAGAUAUGCUGAUGCCUGUAAGGGACUCGUGCACGAUGGUAAAAGACAAAGGAGUAUUCCAGGUCGUUUUUCCGUUGGACAAAAUAUUGGAAGUACUUCGGAAUCCAAGGACUGGGAGGAAAUAGUGAACCUGUGGCAUGACGAGGGAGAAGACUUUACAUUAGGGGGAAGGAAUGAUCCGACGCAAGUUGGUCGAUACGUACAGCUUGUCUCGGCGACAUCUACAAGGAUUGGCUGUGGUUUUACACUUUGUGGAUCAAUGAGAAGCUUUAUUUGUAAUUACGGACCUGGAGGAAUCCAGGACAUAAACAAUCCUUAUGAAUCUGGCACCGCCUGUAGUGAUUGUCAAGGAAGCUGCAGAAAUAAGCUGUGUGACUGUCAAGGUAAGGUGUGUCAAAAUGGCGGCACGAUGGACUUUAACAGCUGUACAUGUACCUGUAGACCCCCGCGUACAACCUACAUCGGCCCUAACUGUCAAUUAAACUGCACCGGCCAAAGAGACCCGCCACAGUGUGGCAGACAGUUUACCCGCCAGGCCUGUGACACGUACUCUAAUGUACCCCAGGACUGCCCCACAAUGUGCCAAGUCUGUCCCUAUGCAGGUAUUGGAUACGACAACAGCGGGAUGUGGUUGCAGCCGUGUAUACAGUUAUCGUUUUUGUCAAUUGCUCUUCUUAUAUACUUUGCUCUGUGACCUAGUUUUUUG